AUGAUAUCUGAUUGCGAUGAUGAUUAUAGUGAUGAUCCUAGCUAUGAAAUAGACGAUAAUUCAAGUGAACAUAUGUCAGAUUCUUUAUCUCAAGACCUUGAAGAUGAGGAUGAUAUAAUCAACUUAAAUAAAACAGUUGAUGAUCAGUUUCUAAAUAAGCUUUGUAUUGUAAACACGAUUGACAAUGUUGAGUUUAAUGUGGAUGAAGAUGAUGAUAAUGUUGGAGAUCAUGUUAUACAAAAAGGUGUUCAGUACCCGAUACAUGAUCCUAAUAUUCCUUGGAAGCUGAUGAAGCCCAAACUUGGUGAGAGGUAUGAGAAUCCUAGUCAAUUAAAACAGUGUUUGACUAACUACGCGGUUGCAAAUGGCUACCAACUACAAUACGUGAAAAAUGAUUCAGAAAGACUACUUGUUGCAUGUGGAAAAGUAGAGACUAUAGUUUUGGAUCCCCUAGUGACACCAAUUUGGAUUGCAAAGCAUUAUGUUAGAGAACUCAUUGAAAGACCGUUCAUAAAAAUCAAGGAUAUGCAAGACGAUAUUUUGAAAAAGUUUAUGGUCAAAGUUAGCAAGGGCCAAUGCAUGCGGGCCAAGUCCAGGGCACUUCUUGAAAUUGAAGGUUCUUUGAUAGAACAUUAUGGAAAACUUUGGGAUUAUGGACAUGAAAUUAGGAGAGCCAAUCCAGGAUCUACAGUUAAGAUGGAUGUAAAUUUAAUGGCAGAUGGAAGCAAUGAAUUUAGGAGAUUUUAUGUAUGCUUCAAAGCACUAAGAGAUGGGUGGAUUAGUGGUUGUAGGAAGGUUAUAGGACUAGAUGGUUGCUUUUUGAAGGGGGUGUGCAAAGGAGAGUUAAUAUCGGCUAUUGGUCGAGACGGAAAUAAUCAGAUAUACCCUAUAGCUUGGGCUGUAGUAGAUGUGGAGAACAAAGAGAAUUGGAAGUGGUUCAUUGAACUAUUAAUAGAAGAUAUUGGUGUUAUUGAAGGAGCAGGGCUUACCAUCAUGUCUGAUCAACACAAGGGCAUUGUUGAAGCUGUAAAAGAGUUGGCACCAUAUGCAGAGCAUAGACAAUGUGCAAGACACAUAUAUGUUAAUUUUCAUAAAAGAUUUAAUGGUGUUGAGUAUAGAAACAUUUUUUGGGCAGCAGCUACAUCCACUUUUGAGGCAGAUUUCAUGUCACACAUGGAAAAGUUUAGGAUACAAAACAUUAAUGCAUAUAAUCAUUUGAUUGAAAGGGACCCUAAUACAUGGUGUAGGGCAUUUUUCCAACCCGGUAGAGAUUGUGAAGCUGUAGAAAAUGGGAUUUGCGAGUCAUUUAAUUCAAUGUUAGAGGAGAUAAGGAUAUUUGUUAUGGAGAGACAUUACAGAAUGCUAAGCAAAGCACAAGAAUGGGAAUCAGUUGUUUGUCCGGCCAUAAGAAAAAAGUUAAAGAAAUGGGGACAAAAUCACAGAUAUUGGUAUGUUAUUCCUAGUGGUGGGAAUGUAUUUGAAACACGAAACGGUUUUGAAGCAAUGGUGGUAGACUUAGAUGCUAGAAAAUGUAGUUGUAGAUUGUGGGACAUAUCAGGCAUUCCUUGUGUGCAUUCCAUUGCUGCCAUACACUUUAUCAAUAAGGAUCCAGAGGAUUAUGUUAGUAAAUGGUUUACUAAGGAUAUCUUCAAAAUGGCAUAUGAGAAAACUAUAAGACCAUUGAAUGGGAGCAACAUGUGGACUCCAACACCUUACCCCAAACCAAACCCACCUAAGGAAAGAAUAAUGCCUGGUAGACCAUCCAUCAAAAGAAAAAGAUCAGAAUCUGAGAGCGAAAGUACAAGGGUGACUCGAUCUGGGAAGACAAUGACAUGUAGAAAUUGCUUGGAAACGGGACAUAAUGCUAGGACUUGUAAGAAUGAAAAGAAGAACCCACCACCUAAACUUGUUAAGCCAAAAGAUUAUUAUGCUUUGGAUACAACUUUUGUAUAUUUUGCGAAUAGUAAGGAGAAUGAUAUAUUUGUUUUACUUUUAUAA